UUGGUCGUUUUGGUAUAAAUACAUCUCCGUGUCCUCCGGGGGUCCUUUCCUGUCAACGGCCUUUUGGAAGAUGGCGGUGCAAAUCUCCAAGAAGAGGAAGUUCGUCGCAGACGGUAUCUUCAAAGCCGAGCUGAACGAGUUCCUGACCCGUGAGCUUGCGGAGGAUGGCUACUCUGGUGUGGAGGUGCGUGUGACCCCAACCAGGACUGAGAUCAUCAUCCUGGCGACAAGGACCCAGAAUGUUCUGGGAGAGAAGGGCCGUCGGAUCAGAGAGCUGACCGCUGUGGUCCAGAAGCGGUUUGGUUUCCCUGAGGGCAGCGUGGAGGUAAGAAUAUACAAAUAAUAUGAAGUUCUUUGUUUCACGACUCUCUCUUUUUUCCUCUCCCUCUGUGCCACCCGUGGUCUUUGUGCCAUCGCUCAGGCAGAGUCUCUGCGCUACAAGCUGCUGGGAGGCCUGGCUGUGCGUAGGGCAUGCUAUGGUGUUCUGAGGUUCAUCAUGGAGAGCGGUGCUAAGGGCUGCGAGGUUGUGGUGUCCGGAAAGCUGAGGGGUCAGAGGGCCAAGUCCAUGAAGUUUGUGGAUGGCCUGAUGAUCCACAGUGGAGACCCCGUCAACUACUACGUCGACACAGCCGUCCGCCACGUCCUGCUCAGGCAGGGUGUGCUGGGCAUCAAGGUCAAAAUCAUGCUGCCCUGGGACCCCAGCGGUAAGAUUGGCCCCAAGAAGCCCCUGCCCGACCACGUCAGCAUUGUGGAGCCCAAGGAAGAGCAGCUCCCUACCACGCCCACGUCUGAGCAGAAGGGGGCCAAGCCAGAGGCGCCCCCCAUGCCCCAGGGAACUCCUGUACCCACUGCAUAAGAGGGGUUUCAAGCGUGCCACCAGAUGGAAGCAAGACUCUGAUUUUUGUGUACAAAAACAAUAAAUUCUGGAAAACACA